CCGCCCCCUUUUUUUCAACCACGCAUUCCCACUUACGAUUAUGUUCCCUCCUCGCCACUACAUUCCUUUGCGCUGCUCUUAGCCCGUUAAAAUCUCUUUUUCACCUUGACAUCGAUGUUGCUGCCGGAUGAAAUUUGAAAUGACCGGAGUAAACUUGGUGAACUCUUCCUCGGACAGUUGAACUCCUUUGGCAAUGUCGCAGCCCCCUCUCUGAUGAGACGAUGAGAACCCACACUCGUGGGGCCCCCACAGUCUUCCUCUUAAGUCUGCUGUUGCUCCUGCUCUCUCCGGCUGCAGCAGACCUAAGUGGGGGAAUCCCCUUCAUGGGAGGCAACUACAAUGGGCACCCAAUGCUGUAUUUCGAUCGGACGGACAUUGUAGAACUUCAGAUGGCUGCCGGAAGCACUCAUAGGGAGAUGGCAAGACGGAUCCGCGAGGCCGGGGAAACUAUGCUGGAACGCCCAGAAGAGUACCUGCCUCCCUGGAGCCCGAUAGAGUUCAGUGCCAGAUGGAAUGAGGUUUAUGGAAACAACCUGGGUGUGCUCUCCAUGUUCUGCCUGCUGUACCCACACAGAGCUGGAGCACUGGAUCUUGCCAAAGACUACAUGGAGAGGAUGGCAGCUCAGCCUAGUUGGUUGGUGAAAGAUGCCCCCUGGGAUGAAGUUCCUGUGGCACACUCUUUGGUUGGGUUUGCCACAGCUUAUGACUUCCUGUUUGAAUACUUGAGCAAGGAUCAACAGGAGCGAUUUCUCCAGGUGAUCGGCAAGAUAUCUCAUCUUAUGUAUGAGAAAUCCUAUAGCCGUGGCUGGGGAUUUCAAUACCUACACAACCAUCAGCCAACUAAUUGUGUGGCUUUGCUCACAGGAAGCCUGGUUUAUAUGACUCAAGGUUAUCUGCAGGAGGCUUACCUGUGGACAAAGCAAGUCUUGUCCAUCAUGGAGAAAUCAAUGGUUCUUCUUCAGGAUGUCACAGACGGAUCCCUGUAUGAGGGAGUGGCCUAUGGGACUUACACAACCCGCUCUCUGUUCCAGUACAUGUUUCUGGUGCAGCGUCACUUUUCUAUAAGCCACUUCGACCACCCUUGGCUCCUAAAACACUUCAAUUUCCUGUACAGGACCAUCCUUCCUGGAUUUCAGAGAACUGUUGCUAUUGCUGAUUCAAAUUACAACUGGUUUUACGGACCGGAAAGCCAGCUGGUUUUCUUGGACCGUUUUGUAAUGCGUAACGGUAGUGGGAACUGGCUGGCCGAUAUGAUUCAUCAAAACAGAGUGACAGAUGGCGUUGGACAAGCUGGCAAAGGCCAGCGAUGGUGUACUCUCCACACAGAAUUCAUCUGGUAUGACCCGGGUCUUAUUCCGAAGCCCCCGUCGGAUUUUGGGACAUCUCGGCUGCAUUAUUUCGAGGACUGGGGUGUGGUGACCUAUGGCAGCGCUUUACCGACUGGCACCAACCACUCCUUUCUUUCCUUCAAGUCAGGGAAGCUCGGGGGACGUGCAAUUUUUGAUAUUGUUCACAAGAGCAAAUACAAAGAAUGGAUUAAAGGGUGGAGAAACUUCAAUGCUGGCCAUGAACACCCUGAUCAGAACACUUUCACCUUUGUGCCCAAUGGGAUUCCAUUCAUCACUGAGGCACUGUACGGACCCAAAUACACUUUGUUGAAUAAUGCAGUAUUGUUUGGUCCGGCCCUCACAGGGAGUUGUUUUAAGCCGUGGGCUGGCCAGGUAACAGAAGCCUGUGACUCCAAGUGGCUGAAAUACAAAGCGGGGCCUGCUGCUGACGCUCGUGGCAAAGUCGAGGCAGCCAUGGAGAGACAUGGAAUGGUUUUCAUUCGCGGGGAAGGACAUUCCGCCUACAAUCCAGACCUGAAAAUCCGAAAAUUCCAGAGAAACGUCCUCCUCCUUCACCCGCAGCUUUUACUUGUGGUGGACCAUAUCCAUUUGGAUCCCGAUAGUCCAUCCAGGGCCAUGAGCACAUUCUUUCACAAUACAGAACUGCCAUUCAAGGAUAUAAAAGUCAACAACAUGCAUGGAGCAUUUGUAUCGCACGAUGGAGACAAAUAUCAAAUGUUCUGGAUGGAUGACACAGGUUACAGUCAUCGAGGUGUCGUCGGUUACUGGCGUUAUCCACGGGGGUAUCCAUAUAAUGGCUCGAAUUAUGUGAACGUCACAAUGCCAUUAAGAUCUCCUCACACCCGAGUCGCCUACAUAUUUUUUGGACCGGGUGUGACUCUUACCAGCUUCAGCCUGCGUGGUGAUGACCAAAGAGUGGAUAUUUACCUGACCACCAAGGAGCACGCUUACACAAUUUACCUGCUGACUGGCGAAGUCACCAGCAAGCCUCUUUUUGCCAUGGUGAUGAUGGACCAAAAGAAGAUCGUAUUUGAGAAAAGGUCAGCUCCAGCCGGCAGCUCACCUCCGGAAGUCGAGGAAUAUGUCAACCUGAUGGAGGACAAUCUUCAGCAUGUCAAACCAGUCUUUCAGCAGAUGGAACGCCAUAUUCUUGGAAAGGUACUGAAUACCGACAGCUUUCGUAAGACUGCAGAACGCCUGCUCCAGUUCUCCGAUAAAAAGAAAACAGAGGAGGUCAUCGAGAAGAUGUUCGCCUUGUCCAAGAAACACGCCAAGGAUAAGAUGGGAAAGAAAAUGAACUUUGGAGAGAAGCUCUCGGAAAAUCUGCCUGACAUUUUUACACAGAUCGAGAUCAGUGAAAAGAAAGUGAGGCAGAGGACAUCGAAGCGUGUAUAUGAGGACAGUCCAGAAGAGGGAGAUACAGACUCGCAAGCCUUUAUAGACUAUGCGGAUAGCCAUAAAAACAGGAAGGGCGGCUUUGUGAAAGGCCGAAAAUUUAAAGAGGUCAAUAUGUUGGUGACGACCGGGAGCGAGCGCGUCGCCAGCACGGCCUCUUCCAUAAGACUGUUUCUCCUCUUGAACACGGCCACUUUCUUUUUGCUACUGGCGGUCUUAUUGACUCGCUUUCACAGAGGCCGAAGCAUACACACACAGAGAUGUUUUUAUACCAUCCUUACAAUCGACUGCCUGAUCUUACUGUACCUCUACUCAUCCUGCUCUCACAUUCAAUGCUAACAUCGUGAGUGGGCUUGUCGAGCUGGAAAGGCGAGUCGCAACGCACCAACUGAAACUCUUCGGGUGGCAUUGAUGGCAGGCAGUGUUGGGCAAGGUCAUUUCCGAUGCAAACUAGUUCAAAGUUGAGUUUUUUCAUGAACUUGUCCAGUUUUUUAAUAUCUCAAAAAGGAUCUAGUUCAGUUUUUUUUCACCCUACAACCUCAUGAGGAAAAACUUGUUGCUUUAAUACUCUUUUUUUUUAAUGAAAAAAUUAAAACCAAAACAGGACUCUAGUCUUUAAUGUGCUAGCACAAAUGCAAUCUAAAUUAGGAACCAUACCGAGGUAG